GAUCGGUGGAUAGCUCUCUAGCGCUCUCCAUCCUUGCUUCCUCGCUGCUGCUCAGAAGAGUGGCUGGGCAGCAGGCAUGUGUGCGUCUUGCACGCUUCGGGUCCAGACAGGAAGCCCCAGGCGGGGACUGUGACCCCCGCCGCUGCCCUGGCGGGGUUCCCACCUGGGCCGCUGCAGGGAGGAGGUUGCAGAGAUGCCGGCUGGCGCCGCCCCUCCGCUCCCCUGCCUGCCCGCGCCCGGCGUGAGCCCGGCGGCCCCGCCCUGCGCCACCUGCCAGCCGGUGGGACUCAGUGCAGCCAAGCCGGGCUCUGCAGGAGAAUGUCUCAGGAACCCACGACAUACUCCCUUUUCCUAUUCCUUUUUCUGAGUCAUGGAGUGUCGAGUUAUACAGUGCCAAAUUCCAGGCAGGAUUUGCAUCCAUUGUUGCAAAAAAUGGCGGAAGAAAUAAUAGAUGGAAGCUAUCUGAAUGCACUGCUGGAUCUCAUACAGUUUCAAAGCUCCCACGUGUGGACGGACGACCUGUCCCACAGAGUCCUGGCCUAUCUGAAUUCCCGGAAUGUUGCCUUCACCAUCUCCAGCCUGCAGGCAGCCGUGGGAAACCACCUGGAGCAGCGUCUGCACCAGCCCCAGAAGCUGCUGGAGGACCUGAGGAAGACAGAUGCCCAGCAGUUCCGCACUGCUAUGAAAUGCCUCUUAGAAGACAAGAAGGACCGCUUGGACCUGAAAGACAUCAUCAUCGACUUAGGAGAGAUUCGAGAACGAGCCUUGCAGAGCCCUGGCGUGAACCGCAGCCUGUUUCUCAUCACACUAGAGAGGUGUUUCCAGGUGCUGAACUCCCUGGAGUGUGUGGAGAUCCUGGGCAAGGUGCUGAGGGGGUCCUCAGGCAGCUUUCUCCAGCCAGACAUCACAGAGCGGCUCCCUCGGGACCUGCGCGAGGAUGCCUUUAAGAAUCUAUCUGCAGUGUUCAAAGAUCUCUACGACAAAACCUCGGCUCAUUCCCAGAGAGCUCUCUAUUCCUGGAUGAGUGGGAUAUUGCAGACAUCCUCCAAUGCCACUGAUGACUCUGUUUCAUGGGUCACUGCGGAAAACUUAUGGAUUUUGGGCAGAUACAUGGUUCACCUAUCGUUUGAAGAAAUUAUGAGAAUUAGUCCUAUAGAAAUUGGGCUGUUUAUCAGCUACGACAAUGCCACCAAGCAGCUGGACACGGUCUAUGACAUCACACCUGAGCUGGCCCAGGCGUUUCUGGAGAGGAUCAGCUCCUCCAACUUUAACAUGAGGAAUACCUCCACCAUCCACAGGUUGGGGCUGCUGGUUUGUUUCUACGAUGACCUGGAAUUGCUGGAUGCCACUGUGGCCCAAGUCCUGCUUCACCAGAUGAUCAAAUGCAGCCACCUGAGCGGCUUCCAGGCUGGCGUCCAAAAGCUCAAAGCAGAACUCCUGGACAUUGCCACAGAGAACCAGACGCUCAAUGAGACCCUGGGUUCUUUGUCGGAUGCGGUUGUAGGUCUGACCUACAGCCAACUGGAAUCUCUCUCCCCCGAGGCUGUGCACGGAGCCAUCUCCACCCUCAGCCAGGUCUCAGGGUGGGCCAAGAGCCAGGUCAUCAUCUUGUCUGCCAAAUACUUGGCCCAUGAGAAGGUGCUGUCUUUCUACAAUGUCAGCCAGAUGGGCGCGCUGCUGGCCGGGGUCAGCACCCAGGCCUUCUGCAGCAUGAACUGCAAGGACCUCUCGCAGGUCCUGAGAAGUGCCGUUUCCCAGUACCUGUCUGACUUGUCACCUGCCCAGCAGCAAGGUAUCCUCAGCAAGAUGGUGGAAGCUGGAGACACUGCCUCAGGCAUUGUGGAGAUACAAGGGGCUUUCUUUAAGGAAGUGUCUCUCUUUGAUUUAAGGAGGCAACCUGGAUUCAACUCUACAGUCCUGAAGGAUAAGGAACUUGGAAGGAGCCAGGCUCUGUUCCUGUAUGAGCUUCUGUUAAAGACCACCAGAAGGCCUGAGGAGCUUUUGAGUGCUGGGCAGCUGGUCAAAGGCGUGACCUGCUCACACAUUGAUGCCAUGAGCACUGACUUCUUUCUGGCCCAUUUCCAGGAUUUUCAGAACAACUUUGCCCUGCUUUCACCGUAUCAGGUUAAUUGUUUGGCGUGGAAAUACUGGGAAGUUUCCAGGUUGUCUAUGCCACCUUUCCUCUUGGCUGCACUCCCGGCCCGCUACCUGGCUUCUGUCCCAGCCUCCCAGUGUGUGCCCUUUCUGAUCAGCCUGGGGAAGAGCUGGUUGGAUUCCUUGGUUUUAGAUUCCCACAAAAAGACUUCAGUCCUCAGGAAAGUGCAGCAGUGCCUGGACAACUCCAUUGCCGAUGAGUACACUGUGGACAUCAUGGGGAACCUGCUGUGUCACUUGCCCGCAGCCAUCAUCGACAGGGGGAUCUCCCCCAGGGCCUGGGCAACUGCUCUACACGGCCUCAGAGACUGUCCAGACCUCAACCCCAAGCAAAAGGCUGCAGUGAGGCUCAAGCUCCUGGGACAGUACGGACUCCCUCAGCACUGGACAGCUGAGACCACGAAGGACUUGGGACCCUUUCUAGUACUUUUCUCAGGAGAUGAAUUAAGCUCUAUAGCCACAAAGUUUCCUGAGAUCCUUCUACAAGCAGCUUCCAAGAUGGCCAGGACCUUGCCCCCUAAAGAAUUCCUUUGGGCUGUCUUUGGAUCUGUUCGGAACAGCAGUGACAAGAUCCCCAGCUCUGACCCUAUGCCUGGUUGCCAUGGAGUCGCGGCCCCCUCUUCCGAUGACAUCUUCAAGUUGGCCGAAGCCAAUGCCUGCUGGGCCCUGAAGGACCUGCGGUGCAUGGAGGAAGACACAUUCAUCAGGACUGUGGAACUGCUGGGAGCUGUCCAGGGUUUCAGCCGGCCUCAGCUGAUGACCCUGAAGGAGAAAGCAAUACAGGUUUGGGACAUGCCUUCUUACUGGAGAGAACACCAUAUCGCCUCCCUAGGGCGCAUUGCUCUGGCUCUUAAUGAGAGUGAGCUGGAGCAGCUGAACCUCAGUUCCAUAGACACUGUGGCUUUUCUAACCCAGCAAACAGAAUGGAGCCCGAGACAGGCUGAAUCCAUUUUGCAAGGGUUCCUGGAUGAUUCAGGAUACAAUAUCCAGGACCUGAAGAGCUUUCAUUUGGUAGGACUUGGUGCAACCCUGUGUGCUAUAAACAUAACUGAAAUCCCGCUUAUAAAGAUCUCAGAAUUCAGGGUGGUAGUGGCCAGAAUUGGGACCCUGCUCUGCAGCACGCAUGUCUUGGCUGAGUUUAAGAGGAAGGCUGAAGUCGUGUUUGGGGAUCCCACUGAGUGGACCAGUCCUGUCUUGCAGGAGCUUGGGACCAUUGCAGCUGGAUUAACUAAGGCAGAGCUCCGGAUGCUUGACAAAGAUUUGAUGCCAUAUUUCCAGCCAUCAGCAAUAAAAUGCCUUCCUGAUGAGAUAUUCAAAGAGCUGUCCGCGGAGCAGAUCGCCUCCCUGGGCCCGGAGAACGCCGCGGCGGUGACCCACGCCCAGCGCCGGCGGCUCAGUCCGCUGCAGCUGCAGAGCCUCCAGCAGGCACUAGAUGGCGCCAAGACUCACUCCUGGCAAGACGCGCCCGCUAGCGCCGGUCCCACUAGGACCUCAUCCUCGCGUUCUCCCGCAGGAGCUCCCCUGUCGUGGGAUCUUUGGCUUGGUUGUCCUCUGCUUGUUCUAAUGGCUAAGCUUCUGUGGUGAGUGGCCUGAGCGCAUCGUCCUGUGUUGCCCCAAGCAGCUGGCCAACGCGUGUAGAGACACGAUGCUUCAGACGGUGGGAGACCCUUCCCUGGAUCCAGACCCUCAUCUAGGGCAGGGAGACCCCGGGGCCAUGAUGGUGAAAAUGCAUCCAAACUGAAAAAUAAUUAUUAAAAAUGAUCUUGCAAAUUA